AAAAAAACAAUGGAUAGAGAUUUGGAAGGGAAGACAGCCAUCAUUACAGGAGGAGCUAAAGGCAUUGGGUUCGCUAUUGCUGAUACAUUUCUUCAAAAUAAAGUGAAAGUGGUUAUUCUUCUUGAUUUGGAUGAAAAAUCAGGACUACUGGCGGUAAACGACCUUGAAACAAAAUAUGGUCAAGGCAAAGCGGCGUUUAUUAAAUGUAAUGUAAUGACCGAUUUGGAAACCGUUUCUGAAGAAAUAAUCAAUAAAUAUAAAACCAUUGAUGUCCUGGUCAACAAUGCUGGCUGGCAAAGGGAAGAUUCUAUAAGAGAGACUUUAGCCCUGAACUUAAUUGCUUUGGUUGAGUGGACAAUGAAAUUCCUUCAACACAUGAGGAAAGACGCUGGUGGUCCUGGGGGCACAAUCAUUAACAUAUCCUCAGGUUUGGGCUUAGUGAGCUUGCCAUACUUACCUUUCUACACAGCUUCUAAACAUGCGGUGAACGGAUUUUCUAAAACCGUUGGGCAUUCACUUAAUUUUAAAGCGCAUGGAGUAAGAGUGAUUACUCUGUGUCCUGGAGUAACGCGAACGAAUCUUAGCAAUUUUGGGGAGCUACAGGGGGAGUAUAAAGAGUUCAUGGCGGGAGCGGUUUGGCAGGACCCUGAUGCAGUGGGUGAGGCUGCCGCGGCCAUUUUCCGAGGAGCUGAUAGUGGAACGGUUUGGGUGGUCGAUGGUGGCAAGCCCGUCAGGCCAGUGCCAUCUUUGUAAGCGGAUUUACUAUAAUUUUAGUAAGUUCUCAAGCAUUAAAUCAGGGUACAAUUUUGAAUGUAGAACAUAUAAA